UCCGUUGAUUUUGCCAAAACAAACAUCAAAAGUUGAUCGGAUCAGAGAUGGCGGCGUCUGCUUAUGCAUCUCUUGUUUCGUUGCUGAAUACUAUGGAUCAGAUCCAGUCUCAUCGUCUCCUUUCCACUUGUUUCGACAACUACCAGUUUCAAUCUCUUCGUGAAACGGUUGAUUUUCUCGUCGAUUUUGUUGAGAAUUAUUCCGAAGAAGCAGAAGAUCUGAUGAGGCUGAUUGGGGACGCAGCUCGUGAAGCUGAAGACAUGAUUGAAGUUGAUGCUGCUCAUCGAAUUAGUGCUUCAUCUGCUACAGAAACUCUAACAAUGACUCCUCGCCUUGAGACAAUGAUACGAGAGAUGAGCUCCAUCAAGGAUAAGGUUAUCGAGUUUAAAGAGGAAACUCCAUCCGCCUGUUCAAUGCCUCCACCAUCAUCAUCGUCUUCAUCACCAGCUAUUAAGACUACCAUGCUGGGAUUUGAUGGCUAUGUGGCACAGCUUCUGGAUGAGCUCAUUGGAAACGAUUCUCGGAGAAUACUCCCAAUUGUUGGAAUGGGAGGCGCUGGUAAGACCACUCUUGCCAAAAAUGUCUAUGAAAAUUCACUUGUGGUGUAUCAUUUUGAUGUUCGUGCUUGGGUUACUGUGUCUCAAGAUUAUAAUGGAACUCAUAUGCUUUCACAAGCUCUUUCUUGCCUACGAGCAGGGGAUAUCGAGAAUACUACCGAUGAUCAACUAGGUGAAAGGUUGCAUCAAACUUUAUUUGGUCGGAGAUAUAUGAUUGUAUUGGAUGAUGUGUGGAGUGUUGCGGCUUGGGAAAAGAUUAAGCCUUUCUUUCCGGAAAAUGGUAAUGGAAGCCGAAUUGUUGUGACAACCAGGGAACAAGAAGUGGUUAAUUACUUUGGUUCCUCUUCACUUGCUGUUGGUUUUCUUGAUUAUCAAAAUAGUUGGGACCUUUUUUGUCAAGUGACAUUUGCACAACAAAAUUGCCCUCCUCAGUUGCAAAAAAUAGCGAAGAGCAUUGUCAAGAAAUGUGGAGGACUUCCACUUGCAAUCCAUGUGAUUGGUGGGCUACUUGGAAAAGCUCCGAGGACCCAAGAGUAUUGGGAGGAAAUCACAAAAGACAAGAGCUUGGUUAUGGAAUGUUCAGGUGAGGGAAACAAACCAUCCAGCAUAUUAUACUCCCUCCGUCCCAAUAAAUAUGAAACAUUUGGUUUCCGGCACGGGAUUUUAUGCAGUGUUGUUUUGUGAGUUAAUGAAGAGAGAGUAAAGUAAGAGAGAGGGAAAAGUAGAGAGAGUGAUGUUUCCAUUUUAGGAAACGUUUCAUUUUUAGUGGGACAACCCAAAAAGGAAAACGUUGCAUUUCUAAUGGGACAGAGGGAGUAUAUGAGUUACAAGCAUUUGCCUGUUUGGUUGAAAUCAUGUUUUCUCUACUUGGGAUUAUUUCCAGAAGAUCAUCUGAUAGUCAUAUCUCGUCUUAUCAAGUUAUAGGUUGCAGAGGGAUUCAUAAGAACAUCUAAAAACCAAAAUUUGGAACAAGUUGCAGAGAGUUACGUAAAGGAGCUUGUUGAUAGGAAUCUUCUUUUAGUUGGUAGUUUGACGGAACACAAUAAAAUAGAAUAUUAUUGUGUUCAUGAUCUUGUAAGAGAGUUGUGCAUAAAGACAGCACAGAAGGAAGACUUUUAUUGUGUGCAAAGAGACUUAGAUGGGAGGCGUCAUUACAUAUUUGAUGAAAGAUCAGCAAGUUUUUACCAUCAAGAAUCUCCGAGUUCAAAAAAGCCAUCAGUUUUCAGACCUCUAAUAUUGAGUUGGCAAAGAGAAGCGCCCUCUAAGUCUAGAUUGUUGAGAGUGUUUUCUUGUAAUCGUGAGUGUAUGCUAGACACUCUUAAACAAAUCAACUUGCGCUACAUCUACCAUGAAUCUCAUGGAAUUAGGCAAAUUCCUUGUUCUAUAUCACUAUGUUGGAGUCUGCAAACUUUGAUUGUGUUUAAUUUGUACUCAGUUGUUUUACCAUCUGAUAUUUGGAGGAUGCCACAACUCAGGCAUAUAGAUUGCAAUCAUGUUCAGUUAAUCCUCCUGCUGCAGGUGACGUCUCUGUUUUACAAAACUUACAGACGCUUAAAACAGUACGGAAUCUCAUUUUCAGCGUGGAGUUGUGUACCAAAAUACCCAACAUUAGAGAAUUGAAUAUCAUGUACGAGUUUGAAGUGGAAUCUGAGCUAAAUCGGUGUUUUCAUCUGAAUAAUGUUGGCUGCUUAAGUAAGCUUGAAUCGCUAAGAAUCGGUUCCCCAAGCAAGUUUGAAUUGCCAAGCCUAUGGUAUUGGAGAAAGCUAUAUAUAGAUGAUGAUUUUAAACUACCGAAUUCCCUCAGAGAGCUCACUUUAGACAAUUGCUCUAUUGGACAGAGGGGUAUGGCAAUGAUUGCUUCAUUACCUCAUCUUCAACUUCUUGAAUUAUCGGAUGCAGUACGAAGAGCAGAAUGGAAUUGCUUUAAACAUAUAUUUCAUAGUUUGAAAGAUCUCACCAUUUAUGAUUGUGAUAGUUUGUUUAAUUGGAUUGUGGACAAAUCCAAUUUUCCAGUGUUGGAGACGCUUUAUCUUUCUUCCUUGUGGAACUUGGAAGAGAUUCCUUUAGAUAUUGGAGAGAUAUCCACACUUCAAAAAAUAACUGUUGAUGAUUGUUCAGAAUCAGCGAACAUGUCAGCAAUAAAGAUACUAGAGGAACAAGAGGAUCUCGGAAAUCAAGCCCUUCAAGUUACAAUUAACAUCGGCUCAUCACUAGAGUUGAGCGAAAUAGAAGAGAUCAAGGAACGCUACACAUCCCCAAAUCUUCAAAUCUACUGGUUGUAGGUCUGAGGUAAAAUGAUCAAAUGAUGAUGUUGGCAGUCAAGAAAAAGACAACAGAACACCUGCAUAUCUUGCACAUACCGUGCGUAUCAAUCUCGAAACGCAUGGCCGUGCAUCAAUCAUCAAAUCGUAAAUCACACACCAUGUCCGAAGGCAGACUGUGCGCUCAUUUCCAUUCUUGGGAAGUCAAUGAUGUAGGUGAUCUAUUGGGAAACAACGAAAUUCUUUUUAGGGUGUAUUCUACCAUUGAGCUUCCCAAUCAGGGAAGCUCUUUUUGUUUUUUUAAAUGCGAAAUUGUGAGAGACGCAUAAGGAUCAUUUGUCUCAUUAAGGAAAGACGUGUGAGCCUUAUGCGACUAUUAAAAGACGCAUGAUCCUUAUUCAUCUCUAACUUAAAUACAAUCGGGACUCUGAAAUCAUUUCCCCCAUUUGCGACAAGAAGCAGGCAACAAAAAUUUUCAGCGAUUUGUGGGAUUUUCGGAAAUUCCAAGCGAUUUCCGGCGAUAUUCUGUUGAAUUAGAUGGUCAGUUCGAGCUCUAAAGUGCAGUUUUGUUACGAACCAGAGGAUCUUUAAGUGCUAUUUCUACAGCAUAAGCACAUUUCUAGGGAAGUGUGAACAGGGGAAAAAUGGAAGCCUUAACAUCCACCGAAUAGAGAGCAAGGUAUUGGAACUGCCUAUCCAUCCCCACAUGGCACCAGGUUACAUAUUUUGUACAUACAUUUUUUAUGUAUUUUGAUAUAUUUUUUACACUAACUAUAUUUACCCCAGUACAAAAUGUUCCUUGAUAUUCAAUUGUACAUUAUCAGGAUCAAAUAUCCAAGAUACAAGCUAGGCAAGUAAAAUUAAUUUUUGUUGUCUUAUUUAUGAAUUUAUUAUACAACAUGCAUAAACCUUAUUUGUCGUUUAAAUGGUUGUCUUUGUAUUGUAUGUGGAUACUGUAUGUCGAUUGUAUGUUGCACGAUUACUACAUUUCUGUGAACCAGUGUUGCAUACGUAAUAUGUUAGAAUAUUGAUGGUCUACUUUUUUAGUUGGACCUUAAGUAUUUAAUCUUGCAUUGGGCCUGAUCCAAUUGAUUAAAUGCUGUGGCCCAAUGUUUGUGUAAUGGUGGCCCAACCCGGCUUGAUCCAUUACUUACCUUGACUGCACCGAUGUCUGCCACGUGUAUCUCUCACCUGGAUCCAGCUUUGUGGCCGUUGAUUCUGUGUUGUGUUUGUUAAGUGAGAGGCCGACCUCUCACUUACCCAAAUUCAGUUCCUCUCCUCUCACACUCCAGAACUUUCUCUCCGUCUUCUCUAUGCUUUCUCUCUCUUGUUUUCAGGCGACUUCGCCGGUGAACUCCUCAGAUCUUUGGGUUACACCGAUUGAUCCUUGUUUUAGUGGAUCUUAUCGGUUUAGAUCUUGAGUUUGGAGACUUUCUCGGUUUCCAACAGAGUGCUUGAAGGAUUCUCACCUAGGGUUAGAAUUUGGUGAAGAGCAGUGGUCAAGAAGUGAGUACUUGAGAGGAUCUUGUGAGUUGCUGGUGAUUGUGGAGUGUUCUAAUAGUCUGGGUGACAUUCGGUGUAGCUAGGGUUUUCUGACCUAGUAUUCAAAGGUUUCUCAUCGUGUGACUUGUGGUAGAAGCGUGUGGGGAGGUCCUUGGCCUAGUGUAGUCACUGUUGUGACCUGAGUCAUAUCCUUACUAUUCUGUCUUUGUUGCAUUUGUUUGUUGCUACUAAGAUCCGAAAGGAUCUUGUGUUGAUUUACUGAUCUAUCUACUUGAGUGUGCAGGUACUAAUUGGGCAAGGACUUGAAUUCAAUGGUUGAAAUCUUGGAAUAGUUAGGGCUUAAUUAGGGUUCUAUACCUGUAAUAGUUAGAUAUCUCAGUGGGUUAGAUUACUUGUAAUCUUGUAUCACCGUUUGUACUUGGCUUGUAAUUUCUGAGACUAGCCAUCUCAGAGAUCAAUCAAUAAAGAGGUCCCGGUAAUUAGCGAA